GGUUACAAAAAGACUGCAGCUAACUUGUUGCAGCAGUUCUGGUGGCCCACCAUGAUGAAAGACACGAAGCUGUACGUGGAGACUUGUCAGGUGUGUCAGAGGGACAAGCCACGUACACAGGCCCCUCUUGGGCUACUCAAGCCCCUUCCGAUUCCGGAAAGGCCUGGCGAGAGCCUGUCCAUGGAUUUCAUGGAUACGCUAGUCACCGGCAAGAGUGGUAUGAGAUAUGUCUUUGUCAUUGUGGAUAGGUUCAGUAAGUAUGCUAGGUUAGUUGCUAUGCCGGAAACAGCAAAGACCGAGUACAUAAUCAGACUUUUCAAAGAGAACUGGGUUGGAGACUUUGGCCUGCCAAAGUCCAUCGUUAGUGACCGGGAUAUACGAUUCACGAUUGAGCUGUGGAAGGCUGCAGCUGCUGAACAAGGGACUCAACUGCAGAUGACCUCCGGGAACCACCCAGAGGCAAAUGGACAAGCAGAGCAGCUGAACCAUGCUGUACAACACCUGCUGAGGCACUACAUCAAGCCUAAUCAGGUGGAAUGGGAUGAGAAGCUUGCUCUCAUCGCCAGCCUGUACAACAACGCUGUGCACAGCGUGACAGGGGUGAGCCCCAACAGUCUGGUCCUGACUUUUAAGCCUCGACUGCCUCUAGAGUUCUUACUACCUGAGAACCAAUCCACUGCUGUGCCGGGUACCUUGGAGUUCGCUUACCGAUAUGAAAGUCUUAUGCAGCAAGCAGUGGACAGCAUGCACAAAUCCCAGGCGACGAUGAUAGAGUCAGAAAACAAACACCGCCACCCUUCUACGUUCCAGGUUGGGGAUAGAGUCUGGGUCAAGGCAUCUGAACUCGGGCAAGAGCACGGGAUUUCCCGAAAGCUCAUGCCACAGUACUUCGGACCAUGGGAGGUUCUAGACAUUGUCGGAGAUGAUCCCGAUGGGCCUUCCUACGUAAUACAGAUCCCUGGUCACCUUCGCGCUUACCCUCUCUUCCACACCUCCAAACUUGCACCUCUCGAGGAAACUGAUCAGUUUCCCUCUCGUCGGUCUAUGCUGCCCCCAACCAUGGACGGAGAGGUCGACAUCGACGACUUGUUGACCACAGGGAGAUGCCGGUUCCAAGAUCAACAGGCAGGGGCCGUCCUCCAAAGCUGAAGCUACAGUAUCGCGUUCGGUUCAGA